GAGCCGGAGCGAGACACGUGGGGCAAGAAAGUGGAAUUCCUCCUCGCUGUGGUUGGCUUUGCGGUGGAUCUCGGGAACGUGUGGAGGUUUCCUUACAUCUGCUAUCAGAAUGGCGGAGGAGCCUUCCUCGUCCCCUACAUCAUCAUGCUCAUCUUCGGCGGCCUGCCCCUGUUCUUCAUGGAGCUCGCCCUCGGCCAGUACCACCGCAACGGCUGCCUUACCGUGUGGAAGAGGAUCUGCCCGAUGCUCAAAGGUAUCGGCUACGCCAUCUGCAUCAUCGACCUCUACAUGGCUAUGUACUACAACACCAUCCUGGCCUGGAGCGUGUACUACCUGGUGGCGUCCUUCAGGAGCGAGCUGCCCUGGACGACCUGCGACAAUGAAUGGAACACCGCGAACUGUACCCUCACUGCCAACGUGCACAACGCCACGGACAAGUCACUGACCGUCUCGCCCGCGCAGGAGUUUUUCAACAAAGAAGUGUUGGAGGUGGACAAGUCAUCAGGCCUGGGAGACCUCGGCCCCGUGAAAGGGUCUCUGGCACUCUGUCUCUUCUCGGUCUUCAUCCUCGUCUACUUCUCGCUCUGGAAGGGGGUCAAGUCAACGGGAAAGGCUGUGUGGGUGACCGCCCUCAUGCCGUACGUCGUGCUCAUCAUCCUGCUCGUCCGCGGCGUCACUCUCCCCGGCGCCACCAACGGCAUCUUGUACUACCUGACGCCGAGGUUCCAGAUGCUUGAUAAACCGAAGGUCUGGGUCGACGCCGCCACUCAAAUCUUCUUCAGCCUCGGCCCUGGCUUCGGCACCCUCUUAGCCCUGGCCUCCUAUAACAAGUUCAACAACAACUGCUACAGAGACGCCAUCUUGACCUCGUCCAUCAACUGCUUAACGAGUUUCCUGGCUGGCUUUGUCAUCUUCUCCGUUCUCGGUUACAUGGCGCACGUGCAGAGCAAACCCAUCUCUGAGCUUGGGCAGGAAGGUCCUGGACUCGUGUUCACCGUAUACCCGGAGGCAAUAGCUACCAUGACGGGCUCUGUGUUCUGGUCGAUCAUCUUCUUCCUCAUGCUCAUCACACUCGGCCUGGACAGCACCUUCGGAGGCCUAGAGGCAAUGAUAACGGGUCUGUGUGACGAAUAUCCAAAGCUCUUCGGUCGCCACAGAGAAAUUUUCGUUCUCUUCCUCCUCGUGUUUAUCUACGUCUGCGCUCUUCCAACGACGACCUAUGGUGGCAUGCACAUCGUCAACCUCCUGAACGUGUUCGGAACCGGCAACCCGAUCCUGUUCAUCGUGUUCGUCGAAGCCACGGCCGUCUGCUGGUUCUACGGCGCCGAGCGAUUCGCAGACGACAUCGAGAAGAUGCUGGGAUUCCGUCCAGGCAGAUUCUGGAUAGCCUGCUGGAAAUACAUCUCGCCGACGUUCAUCUUUGUGUUGUUCGUGUGUUCGUUCGCGUUCAACGACGGGUCCGAUUCCCUGAAUUUACCUGGCUGGGGCGUCGUGUUAGGCUGGGCUCUCACCUGCUCGUCGAUCGUGUGCAUCCCGCUCUAUAUCAUGUACAUGUUCAUCGUCACUUCGGGAUCCUUUAGAGAGCGCAUCAAGACGAUGAUAAAGCCAGAAGACUUCGUUCCUCCUCACCUGAGCCAAGUGAACUCUUACGGAACUCACGUGUAA